CCACGAGAUAGUGAUUUCACUGCCCUUUUCAAUGUUUAUUCCUUCUAUUUGUAUACAUGUUAUUGUUUUUUGUUUUCUUCUAGAUGGUUUUUAUUAUUUCUAUAUACCAAGUCUCAUGGUUUCAAAAUCUGUUCUUUUCAUAAAAAUAAAUAAAAUAAAUGAACUUUCUUUAAUGCUUUGGCUAUGUUGUUAUCUUCUUGGGCUUAUAUUCAUUUGCAGUCUGAUUUUUUUCCUAAAAAAAUUUCAGUUUUCCGUAGGGACAAGCUUAGGGGAAUGGUUUUGUCUUUUGGGUUACUACUAAAUUAUUCUUAACUCAUUUUGUUAAUGUUUUCUGUCUCAUGAUUUUAUGGUUAUUGGUUUCACAAUAGAGGUUUCUCAAGAAGGUUUGGUUUGGGAGUUGAUGUUCAGUUUUGUCUUUGCUUCUUACCAUUUUAUUUUUAAGUUGCAGAGCUAAUUUUUUUUAAGCUUUCAAGCUUGGUUUGGGGUUUUGUGCCUUUGGUUAUGUCUUCUUUGCUUGGUCUUUUGAGGUCCUUUUUGGAGAAACUAUAAUAAUUGUGUUAUUAAAUUGGUUUAUGAAAUGGUGUUUAGAGUACUAAUGGUGUUUAGAGUACUAAGUUUUCUAUUUCCAUUUUAUUUUAUAUUUUAUGUUUUUAAUUUUAAUAGUAUGUAGUAUGUAGCUUUUUUGGGGAGUGAGAUGCUGAAACAAAGGUGAAAGGUUGGGGUUUAAGUGUUGCAAAAGAAUGAAAGGGUCAGUAAUCCGUGAAGGUGAGGAAAACAAGCAUAAGAAUAGGGGAGAAGCCAGGGCUUUAUGCGUGUGCCAUUUCUUGAAAUACCAGUGCUUUUGUUCUUGUGUUGUAUCAGUUUCAGUGAGCAAGGUAAGAAAAGCUAUCCAGUAUGCCUAUAAGGCAAAUGAAAGAGAAUUCAGAGCAACACCUUGUGAUUAAAAAUCACUUGCAAAACACUAUGAACCCAGUUCAGAGAGCACCAAAGACUGCACAAAAUGGCAAAGGUCCACCAGCAGCUCAUGAACCAAAUAACACAAAACAAUCCCAUAACCAAACCUCACCUCCAACAAAGAAUAGAGGAAGAAGAAGAGGAAGAGGUGGUAGGAAAUCUGAUCAAGGAGAUGUUUGUACGAGACCAAGUUCAAGGCCUUGCACUGUAGCACAAAAGCCAGUGAAUCCAGCUUCUGGUGCUAUUAUGGUUGCUACUUCAAAUGGGUCUAUUCAGAAUGGUCAUAAUUUGUCUGGAAUGGAAAUGGGAUUUCCUACUUCAAGCAAGUCUUUGAAUUUUGCACCUAGGCCUGGUUAUGGUCAAGUUGGGACAAAGUGUAUUGUAAAGGCUAACCAUUUCUUUGCUGAGUUACCAGACAAGGACUUAAACCAGUAUGAUGUUACAAUAACUCCUGAAGUGGCAUCCAGAACGGUGAACAGAGCUAUUAUGGCAGAGCUUGUGAGACUGUAUAAAGAAUCAGACUUAGGAAUGAGAUUGCCUGCUUAUGAUGGCAGAAAGAGUCUGUACACGGCUGGUGAACUUCCUUUUGCAUGGAAGGAGUUCACCAUCAAGCUUGUAGAUGAAGAGGAUGGCAUCAAUGGCCCCAAAAGAGAAAGAGAAUACAAAGUGGUAAUAAAGUUUGUUGCGCAAGCGAACAUGCAUCAUUUAGGCCAAUUUCUAGCUGGUAAGCGUGCUGAUGCACCACAAGAAGCUCUGCAGAUUCUUGACAUUGUGUUACGAGAACUAUCAACAAAGAGGUACUGUCCUAUUGGGAGAUCCUUCUUUUCACCUGAUAUCAGAGCACCGCAAAGGCUUGGUGAUGGUUUGGAGUCAUGGUGUGGUUUUUACCAGAGUAUUAGGCCUACUCAGAUGGGCUUGUCUCUGAAUAUUGAUAUGGCUUCAGCUGCAUUCAUUGAGCCUCUCCCUGUAAUAGAGUUUGUCGCCCAACUACUAGGCAAGGAUGUAUUGUCAAGGCCAUUGUCUGAUUCUGAUCGUGUGAAGAUUAAAAAGGCUCUCAGAGGGGUAAAAGUAGAGGUAACCCAUAGAGGGAAUGUACGAAGAAAAUACCGUGUUUCAGGAUUGACUUCUCAGCCUACUAGAGAACUGGUGUUUCCUGUUGAUGAUAACUCAACCAUGAAGUCUGUUGUUGAAUACUUCCAAGAGAUGUAUGGCUUCACAAUUCAGCAUACACAUCUACCUUGCCUUCAAGUAGGAAACCAGAGGAAGGCAAAUUAUUUACCUAUGGAGGCGUGCAAAAUUGUUGAGGGACAGCGAUACACGAAAAGAUUGAAUGAGAGGCAAAUUACUGCUCUCUUGAAGGUCACAUGCCAAAGACCAAGGGAUCGGGAACAUGACAUUUUGCAGACAGUUCAGCAUAAUGCUUACGACCAAGAUCCUUAUGCAAAGGAGUUUGGGAUCAAAAUCAGUGAAAAGCUUGCUUCAGUCGAGGCGCGAAUCCUUCCUGCUCCUUGGCUGAAAUAUCAUGAAACUGGAAAAGAAAAGGAUUGUUUGCCUCAAGUUGGGCAGUGGAAUAUGAUGAACAAGAAAAUGAUCAAUGGGAUGACUGUAAGCCGAUGGGCAUGUAUUAACUUCUCACGAAGCGUGCAAGAGAGUGUUGCUCGUGGGUUUUGCAAUGAACUUGCUCAAAUGUGCCAAGUUUCUGGCAUGGAGUUCAAUCCAGAGCCUGUUAUUCCAAUCUACAGUGCCAGGCCUGAGCAAGUGGAAAAAGCUUUGAAGCAUGUUUAUCAUGCAUCCAUGAAUAAAACUAAGGGAAAAGAACUAGAGCUUCUAUUAGCUAUAUUGCCUGACAACAAUGGAUCACUUUAUGGUGAUCUCAAGAGAAUUUGUGAAACUGAUCUAGGCUUGAUAUCACAAUGCUGUCUCACAAAACAUGUCUUCAAGAUUAGUAAACAGUACUUGGCUAAUGUUGCCCUUAAGAUCAAUGUUAAGAUGGGUGGCCGAAACACUGUUCUUUUGGAUGCGAUCAGUUGGAGAAUACCAUUAGUUAGUGAUAUACCAACCAUAAUAUUUGGAGCAGAUGUGACUCACCCAGAAAAUGGAGAAGACUCCAGCCCCUCAAUAGCAGCUGUAGUAGCUUCACAAGACUGGCCUGAAGUGACAAAAUAUGCUGGACUAGUUUGUGCUCAAGCUCAUAGACAGGAACUCAUACAGGACUUGUACAAAACAUGGCACGAUCCUGUACGUGGCACAGUUAGCGGUGGCAUGAUCAGGGAACUUCUGGUGUCCUUUAGGAAGGCAACAGGGCAGAAGCCACUGAGGAUUAUAUUUUACAGGGAUGGUGUCAGUGAAGGGCAAUUUUAUCAAGUUCUGCUGUAUGAGCUAGAUGCAAUCCGGAAGGCUUGUGCUUCUUUAGAACCAAACUAUCAACCGCCGGUGACUUUCAUUGUUGUACAAAAACGACACCACACUCGACUGUUUGCUAACAAUCACAGGGAGCGAAGCAGCACAGACAAGAGUGGAAACAUUUUGCCUGGUACCGUUGUUGAUUCGAAAAUCUGUCAUCCAACAGAAUUUGAUUUUUAUCUUUGCAGCCAUGCUGGUAUUCAGGGAACAAGUCGGCCAGCACACUACCAUGUUCUUUGGGAUGAAAACAAUUUUACAGCUGAUGGAAUACAGUCUCUAACAAACAACCUUUGUUACACAUAUGCAAGGUGCACACGCUCGGUCUCUGUUGUUCCUCCUGCAUAUUAUGCACAUUUAGCUGCAUUCCGGGCACGGUUCUACAUGGAACCAGAGAUGCAAGAGAAUGGCUCAACAGGUGGUGGUACAGGUAACAUGAAAAGUACAAGGGCAGCAGGAGAAUCUGGUGUGCGGCCAUUGCCAGCCUUGAAGGAGAAUGUGAAGAGAGUGAUGUUCUACUGUUAGAAUGGAGAGAUGCGGCGGCAAUCAUUAAUAGUUUUUCAUUUCUUAAUGUUAUUUGUACAGCUGGAACGACUAAUGCAUGUAAUCCCAAGGUCUUCCAAAUUUAGGUUGGUGACUGUCCACAAGCUUUAGUUGAGGGAGGAGUUUCCUACCGUGGCGGAUAGAAUGUUAAAACUAGGCUAUGUAAAGAAAUGUUCAUUUAGAAUCAAUCUUGGGUAAUGAGAAAUUUGGGUCUUCCUCUCUCACAUCAGUGGGCAUGAACCCACGUGAGAGAGCAUGUGUAUGGACACAUCUUAUGUAAAGCUACGGUUCAGCUGAAUUUUUUUGUUAUCAACAAUGGACGGGCAUAUCAGUUACCAGUUGGGAGAAUUAGCCAGGUUUAAUCCAUGCCCAAAUUUUGUCUGUUUAUGUAGCCAGAGGCAGAGAGAACCUUGCAGGCAGCUUAAGUUACUUGAUGAAAUUGUAUCUGCCACCGAAAUUUGGUGCUACAUGUGUCUUAAUGAUUGAUCAAUAGCCUGGUAAUAGUAUUGCAGCUACAAGUGUCAUGUUUUUACAGUUUGUUUUGGUAGUAAAGAAAUAAAUACAAAAAAAUAUUGAUGCAGAAAGGAAAUGUUCGACGAGUCCCGUUAUCGGCUGUGGCAGAGUUUGAGACUGGAGAGUCUGGCAUGACCCCUGAGGGAUCUAAAAUAUUUUACUUCUGUGCACACUCAGUGUGGUUGUGUGAAAUGAUAGAUAAAUA